ACAUGCACGGUAGUAGAGAGUGAGUAGCGGUGAUCGAAAUGUUUGCCUAGAACCUCCCAGUCGAACCCAGGACCUAUGCUGUUUCUAGACAAAGAGCUGAUGAAAUUCGUUGCGUUAAUUGCUACUCGUAAUUAUUUCUAUGAUAUAUUAUCGACGAGACAAUGUUUACAAACUAAACCACGCGUAAUUCUAUUUUUUAUACAUCGAAAUUGUAAUCAACAUAAAAUUCAGAAGACGCAAAACAAUUUUAGAGUUUAUUGUUGUACCAGUACAGGUCAAAUUCCAAAAGACAAUGUGUUGUUACUUUAACACCUAAUUCAACAAAAGCCCGUACAUUCUUACCAUCAUGAUAUAUUGGACUCGUCUGAUGGAAAAGAAACAUUUUUUUUUUUAUUGAUUCGCAUUUAUAAUCUUUGAAAUGAAUUUUCUAUAUAAUGCCGAAGUGAACUGUUCUCUAUGAUAGGUCAAAGUACAAGAUAAUCAUUUUCAACUAAAUAAUUUAAAUGUAAGAAAAUAUCUUAGUCUAACGACAGCGCUCAGAACGAAUAUAUAUAUAAUGAGAAUCAUGGUGUUUAAAGAUUGUUGUUAAAUUUUAUUCGAAAUCGAAAUAUUGUUAAGAAUAAUGCAAGUGUAGAACCCAGAGCAAUAUUGUGUAUAUUGUGGACUAUAGUCAAGUGAAAGUUAAACAGUCAACUACAGUUGAUAAGAACGAACAUUUUAUCGAAUAAUUGUUUUGUUUUAUAAAAAAAGGAAAAGAAAAUUUACUCGGUUAGUGUAUAAAAUGCCGGUGGCAAGUCAUGACAAUUUUUUCGGUGCCUGGGGUCGUCAAGAUUCCAACGGAAAUUGCAUUCCUUCACGCACGAUACAAUCAACCCCACGGAGUACACCGUACAAUUCUCGGCAUAAUUCACCAACAUCCGGUGGAACGCCGGAGAGUACGUCUCCGCUGUCAACAUCACCGAUCGGAACGUUGAGACGAAAUUACUCCAGCACGUUCACAUUGAUACCGGAGGAUCGUGCACUAGAGAUACCGCCGAAACGGCCAGAACACACAUCCAAAAAAGAUUCCGAACCUCAAUCGAAUAUAAUUGUCCGAAUUGUUCUGUGGAUUCCGUUGCUGAUUUUGUCAUUUGUGAAGACAAUCGUAAUUGGAAUUCUAUCUGUCAUCUUUCGGCCACUAUCAUUCGCUGCGCCGACAUUCUGGAUAUCGGCAGGGUUAUGGCUGUUCUGGAAAAUGUUUGAAUUUCCAUUCACCCUAGUCAGCUACAUUCUUCCCACGCACCGGAAUGGCGAUAGAAAUCGAACGAAACGGACGAUAAUGAUUAGUUGCGGAUCGACAGUUCAAACAUUGCAUUUGGCAAGAGAUUUUUAUUCAGCUGGUGCAAGAGUUAUUGUUUUUGAUUAUGAAGGACUGUUUGGACUGGCUAGAUUUUCGACUGCUGUUAGCAAAUAUUACACGGUUCCAAGGCCUACAUUGGAAGCGUCGCAGGACUACAUAACAUCGUUAUGUGACAUAGUUCAAAAGGAAAACAUCUCGUACUACAUUCCGGUUUGUGCUACUCAGAUGGCCUAUUUUGAUGCCCUCGCCAAACCGCACCUAGAACUGCUUGGCUGUACCUCUUUCUUACCGGGAAGUCAGGAAGUUUCGGUUUUAGAUGACAUUUACGAGGUGUUGAAAAGAUGCCGAAGUAACGAUAUACCAACGCCAAACUAUCAAGUACUCCACUCCAAGGAAGAUCUGCACCGUUUAUACGUGAACGGAUGGAUAAGCGGCUACAGAAACAUUUUAAUUGCAUGCGGUCUCAGUGGAAUAUUGGAUCGUCAAAAAUAUGUGCUACCAACGAAUCGAAGGGAUCUAAAAUUCGGUUUCGAGAUCAGUGAAAUGAAACCGUGGAUUGUAAUUCGAGAUCUACCCGGAGUGCAUUAUGUUACUUGUACAACAAUAAAAGAUUCGGAAGUGGUUGCAAAUGUUACCUGUUCAGUGCAGCAAGAAACGAGAAGUUUGAUGCCGGACAAAAACAAGGACAUAGAAGAUUGGCUGAAGGGAUUCUUUUCGAAGGUGCGUCUCCAGCGCCCAAUAAACGGACACAUAAGCUUUCGAUUCGUGCGUUGCGAACAAACGCAAACGUUGUAUCCAAUUGGAACACGGGUUGGCGUCUCAUUGCCAUACAUUUGCCAUACCGGUAUACAGUCGAGAUAUGUUAUAUGCAAACCGUGUCCGCAUUUCGUGCGCCAAAAGUCCGGUCAAAUUGAGCUGGAAAGUGGUCGCUACUGGAUUCACGACGUAUUGCUAAAUACAUUGAAACAUCCGUCAGUCGAUGCGGUUGGAAAAUUGAUCGGAACAGUUCUGGACAAACGUGAAGCACUAUUUGUUUAUUGGGAUCCAAUGCCGUACCUAGUACACUAUCAUCUUCAGUUGCCGUUUAAAUCUGUUAAGGCAUUUUUGCAACGAAGAAAAGCGUCUGGUCGCCACACGCCAACAUUGGCUGCAACAGUUUAAUCGAUUCGGACAGGAACCGAUUAGUGUUUUUGAAAUACAACAAUGGGAACGAAUGAGAGUUUGAUAUUGUGUGCUCGUAUCGUAGCAAUGUUAAUGUUUUAAUUUAACGGUUGAACUCUGGGGAGAGAGAUACUAGGACUUAUUUAUGGAGAACAUAUUGAAGUGCAUUCGAAUAUAAUUACCUACCUUACGUUAAAAUAGUCGUCGUAAACAAGAAUGAAAAUUUAAUUUUAGUGUUUUUGUUGAUCUUCAUAAGAUUUCAAUUUUAGUGUUUCUUUAAUGUAAACAAGAAACAAAACCAAAAAUGAUGUGUCUAAGUGUAACAACCAACGCAACAUUAAAUAAUUAUUUUGUAGAUAAAUUUGCUUCGAAGUUGAUAAGACACAGAGAGCCAUAGAGCACAGUUUUCAUUGUAGUGAUUUCGAAUUAUCAUUCCUAGUUGAUCCUUUUCGAGUUAGCACCUACAUCUGAAAGCCUUCACAGCAUCCUUUUUUCGGAGUAGUGAGACCGAAAGGAAACUGACCCCAAUCAUCUUCUCUAUUGUUAGGUAUUUUAUUACUGGUCUCUGUAUAAGUGUAUGAUCACUAGAACGAUACCGAAAUAUUGGGACGAAAAUUUUAAAGAUGGAAUGGAAUGGACCAGUUUUUAAAUAAUUCGAUCAAAUUCAAUUCUGUUCCACAUCUACUAUCAGGUUCUUAUAUUGGGAAGUUAAAUUCGAAUUCGGAGUAAAAAUUUCCCAAUUUCUGAAGCAAAAAAAAAAAUUCGAAAGAAAAUUCAAUAAAUCACAAAAUGUAGGUCCAGCUGACAGGACAUGUUCGGAACAGGUCAAAUUGAAUUUGUUUAAGUUUGAUACAUCAAAGCUGAUAUUUGACCUGACCUGAUAUGAGCUGAAACCUGAAGUUCGUUCAACCUUUGUUGACAGAAAGCUGAAUACUGACCUUAAGACGAUGAAGACGAAGGCUGCCAGGUAUGGUUAAACCUGACCUGCUCCGAGCCUUUAUCAUUUAUACUUAAUUUGAUUCAGGAAUUAUUUUUUUAACAUUGUGCGUAGUGGGUAAAGCUUACGAGAACCGUUCCAAUGCACUGAGAAUAAAUGUCGGCCCACUGGUAAUUCCAUAAAUUCCAAAACUAAUUCCAGCAAUUGGCGUAGUGAAUGAAAUUAUUCAAUUUUAUUCACAAAAUCAAAUUAAGCAAUAAAUAAACUACAAUAAACAAACAAACAUGCCUGAUGGGGUCAACAGCAAUAUCACUGAAAACAUUUUGUAAUAUCUCUCUCAUUAUAUAUACAGCCAUUACAUGGACGGAGGAGAGUUACUGAAAUGUUUGUUUCGGUCGAUAAGCAUUCGAUAAGGUUUUGUGUAUGUAGCGGUUUCUCACAUGUGCCACACGAAUUUAAUUAGUUAUAAUUGAAGUUAUGGUUGAAAAGGAUGUCAUACUAACAGUUUUUUCCAAUCCGGCUUUUUUUUUCCUCGCCAGUUUUUUUUUUUGUUGUUUGUUUUGCUUGUUUGUUCAGAUGACAAAUUCCGCAAGACAAAUUCAUUAUACGUUCUGGGCUUGAUAUCAUUCUCAAGGUUUAUAUUUAUACUAUAACAUGAAUAUUAAACAAAACAGACACUCAAAAAAUGAUCAUCAUUCCGUAUAGUCAAAAUAAUAACAUUCUCUGUUUUCUGGAGACUUUGAUUUAGUUCUAAUAGCGGAGUGGUAUUCUUGUAAAACAAUAAAAAGAAAUCCCAAAGCAUACAAUAUUUCCAAUACAUAAUUCUUUCCAAUUAUGUAACAAUCGGUAACAACAUGGAAACAUAAAUAAAAUUCCGGUUGGUAUGCAUGAUUUACAUUUACUCAACAUUAUUGCUCGUUUAUUUGGUUGUUGGUUUAUUUUAUUUUUUUCCCUGUAGUUUCGUUUGCAGCUCUAAAAAAAAAAAUCGUUUUGAUUCCUUUUUCCGAAUAUAAUACAAAAUUCUAUAUAGAGUCAAUGCACGCAAUGUUGUUAUGAUUUUGUCGAACAGAUAAAUCAAUUCAUUACACAAGAGAAAG